AUGCGGUUUUCUUGUUCACCCCAUCGAAGGAUAGGGAAGGAGCUUGAAAAGGAGUUAGAGAUGGAAGAGCAGAAUGGCGAAGGGGGCGAUAAAACUGGUGUUUCUGGUACCGAAGGCGGCGUGGAUGAACAUAACGAUGGGGCUGAGAAUACAGUAAAGUCUAUGUGUAGGGAGCUUUCCAAACGGAUAUACAACAUGCCCCAACAGAUUCGAGCUGUCCACGCUCAACGGGAGAAGGAGAAGGGAAAUGAGGUUUGCACAAAUUGA